AUGACUUCGGCUGUCAAAGUGGGCGAUCGGCUGUCUUAUGACGGCGCCAUCUGUACAGUCCGAUAUCUCGGUGAAGUGGCCGGCACCUCGGGCUCCUGGAUCGGUGUAGAAUGGGACGACGCAACACGCGGCAAACACGAUGGCUCCCAUAAAGGGACUCGAUACUUUUCCUGCAAAUCCAAAUCGCCCACCGCGGCAUCCUUUGUGCGUCCAACGAGAUCUGCAGACCGACCGCAGAGCUUUGUCGCCGCGCUCCAGGACAAAUAUACUGGAGAAGUGUCGGCAGCAAGUGCACAGAUUAGGUUCUCCGGAAAGAUCGCCGAGGAGGUCGGCUUUCAGAAGAUUCAGCGCCAACAGGCCAACCUGGCAGAGCUCAAGUUUGUCAUCCUCGACGGCACUCGCAUUGCGUAUCCAUAUGCCGAGGGAGACCAGCGCAUUGUCGCGACCUGCCCCAAGACGGUCGAGCUUGACCUCAGCCGAAACCUUUUCACCAAGUUCGAGACAGUGGUAAACAUAUGUUCAGAGCUGCCAAUUCUGAGGAAUCUCCGCCUAAAUGGCAACCGUUUUGUUGAUAUACUAGAAGACGAAAAGCUCGCCCAUGCGCAAACGAUAUUCAAGGAUGUCAAGGAGUUGGCUCUUGAGGAGACGCUGCUGACCUGGGAAGAGAUAUGUCAUGCCUCUUCCAAGUUCCAAUCUCUGGCUACGCUCUCUGCUGACGUCAAUCAACUCUCUCUCUUACCACAAGUCCCAGUGGGGACCCUAUCUUCAACAUUGCUUUCGCUGAGUCUUGAGUUCAACGACUUUACCUCGCUUGCAGACGUGGCAUGUCUCGGCAAGUUGCAGGCGCUGCGGAACCUUCAUCUAAAGGGCAACAAUAUCGCAGCCAUCACCUCUGAAUCAUCUGCAGAGCAGCCUGUCUUUUCAUCGAGUUUGCAAUACCUGGAUAUAUCCUACAACAAAGUUUCUUCGUGGUCCUUUGUCGACAAUCUUCCCUCCUGUUUCCCGGGGCUCACCCAUUUGCGAUUUACGCACAAUCCAAUCUAUGAUAAUCCAGAUCCCGACCACUCCACACAGUCCAAGACAGUCACCGAGGAAGCCUACAUGAUAACUGUGGGUCGGUUAGCAAAUCUCAAAGCUCUAAACUUUGGCAAUAUUUCUGCAAAUGACCGGCAAGAUGCAGAAAUGUUUUACCUAGCACGUAUAGGGAAACACCUCGCUGCAGUCCCUGAGAACGAAGAGCCCCAGGUUUUAUUGAACCACAAGCGCUAUACUCAGCUGGUUGAAUUGUAUGGCCCACCCGUUGUCAACAGGCAAAAGGAGAUCAAUCCCUCGUUCCUAGAAGCUCGUCUUAUCACAGUUCAAUUCAUCUUCCACCCCCAUGAUGGAAAGGACAACGCUGAGAGAAUAAUCCAGAUCCCCAAAAGCUUUGACAUCUACCGUGUCAAGGGGAUUGCUGGCAGAUUAUUUGCCCAGGAGCCGAUCAGCCUGCGUUUGAUCUGGGAAACUGGGGAAUGGGACCCAGUUGCUGGUUUCGAUGACGAGACGGGAGACAGCAGCGACGAAGAGGAAGAGCCGCAAGAGGCUGAACGUGGCGACGGGGCCUCGCAGGCUGACUCUGGCAGGAAGGCUGGCCGAUGGGUCAAACGAGAAGUUGAGCUGCAGGAAGGCCCCCGUCAGCUUGGCUUUUGUGUAGACGGACUUGAAGCAAAAGUGAGAGUUGAGUCUCGCCAAGCCUAG